AUGAAGACUGCUCUGCUUGUUGCUCUGGCCGCUGCCGUCCACGGCGCCCCCGCCCCCAAGCCGUAUGUCGAUGAGACGUACGCCUACAAGGGCCCUGCCGUGCCCAUUGGUGACUGGGUCGACAACACCGUCAACGGCAAUGGCAAGGGGUUCCCGCGCCUGGUCGAGCCGCCGGCCGUGAAGCCCGCGUCGGCCAACCCGACCAACAACGUCAAUGUCAUCUCGCUGUCGUACGUCCCGGAGGGCAUCCACAUCCAUUACCAGACGCCGUUUGGCCUCGGCGUGGCGCCUUCGGUGGUCUGGGGGACGCAUCCCAGACGGCUCAACCAGACUGCCUACGGAUACAGCCAUACGUAUGACCGCACCCCCCCUUGCUCCCAAGUCAAGGCCGUCACGCAGUGCAGCCAGUUCUUCCACGAGGUGCAGAUCCCUCGUCUCGAGUCCGGCACGACGUACUACUACCAGAUCCCCGCCGCCAACGGGACGACCGCGUCGGACGUGUUGAGCUUCACGACCGCGCAGGCCGCCGGGGACCCGGCGCCGUUCACCAUCGCGGUGAUGAACGACAUGGGCUACACCAACGCCUUCGGCACGUACCGCGAGCUGCUCAAGGCGACCGAGGAGGAGGGCCUGGCGUUUGCCUGGCACGGCGGCGACAUCAGCUACGCCGACGACUGGUCGUCGGGCAUCAUGGCCUGCGCCGACGACUGGCCCGUCUGCUACAACGGCUCCAGCUCCGAGCUGCCGGGGGGGAUCACCGAGUUCUACAAGACACCCCUGCCCGAGGGCGAGAUCGCCGACCAGGGCGGCCCGCUCGGCGGCGACAUGAGCGUCCUGUACGAGUCCAACUGGGAUCUGUGGCAGCAGUGGAUGAACAACAUCACCAUGAAGAUCCCGCACAUGGUGCUCCCGGGCAAUCAUGAGGCGUCCUGCGGGGAGUUCGACGGGCCCGACAACAUCCUCACCGCGUACCUCAACUACAACAUCACCAACGGCACUGCCGCCGAGGACGAGCUGACCUACUACAGCUGCCCUCCCUCCCAGAGUAGAAACUUCACGGCCUACCAGAACCGCUUCCACAUGCCCGGCAAGGAAUCCGGCGGCGUCGGCAACUUCUGGUACUCGUUCGACUACGGGCUGGCGCACUUCAUCUCCAUCGACGGCGAGACCGACUACGCCAACAGCCCCGAAUGGAACUUCCUCGAGGACAUCUCCGGCAACGAGACGCACCCGACCGAGAGCGAGACCUUCAUCACCGACAGCGGACCCUUUGGCGCCAUCGACGGGCCCGUCAACGACACAAAGGCCUACGAACAGUACCAGUGGCUCAAGCAGGAUCUCGCCAAUGUCGACCGUUCCAAGACCCCCUGGGUCAUCGCCAUGAGCCAUCGCCCCAUGUACUCGUCCGAAGUGGCUUCCUAUGAAGCCGACAUCCGCGAUGCCUUUGAGGAUCUUCUCCUGUCAAAUGGUGUGGAUGCCUAUUUCGCAGGGCACAUCCAUUGGUACGAACGGCUCUGGCCCCUCGGCCGCAACGGCACCAUCGACAAGGCCUCCAUCAUCGACAACAACACCUACUACGCCAACGAGGGCGUCUCCAUGACCCACAUCAUCAACGGCAUGGCGGGCAACAUCGAGAGCCACUCCUACCUCGAGGACGGCGAGAAGGUCAAGGACAUCACCGCCGUCCUCGACCAGUGGCACUACGGCUUCAGCAAGCUGACCGUCCUCAGCGCAGAGGCCCUCAAGUGGCAGUUCAUCCGCGGUGAUGAUGGCUCCGUCCACGAUGAGCUCCUCAUCCUCAAGCGCGCCAAUGACUGUGAUGAGUAA